UANGGGCGAGCCGAUCAUCGCGUGGUCACCAGAUCAGACCUGACCACGGAUUACUCCGGUACCGAUGACAGUCCGCGGACUUCGAACUCUGACGGCGUCGUCACCAUCAAUAAUUAUUACACGUGGAACUCGUCCAGAACGAACUCUUCUAUACGCAAGGAGAGAGCGGAAAUCGUAUCAGCACUGCACAAGUCGUCGUCGGACCUGCAUCGUGGGCUGACGACGUGCAACAGCUUCACCAGAUCACACAAUUUGAGGAAAAUCAUGUCAAUGUGUGCGGACCGCCGGAGCGAUUUUUCGACGGACGAGUACCACCGACACGACCACGGUAACAGCGGUAACGAUCGKGUCGCUGUUGAAACCGAACAGGACGACGUGCAGGCUACCGUCUGGCCGACCAGUGGCGAGGCAGCGGACCGACGUCGGUGGUCGUCAUCUCAUAUCGGUGGCGUCUCACGUUGUUGGUCUUGUAUGGCCACCGACCGGGAAACUGACGACGAUGACGACUUGGACGAAGACAAUGACACCGUGACCACGGACGAGUCACGCUACCGCCGGACGUCCGAAAAUCAUCGGUUGUCGCGGACACCAAAGUCGACCCGGAAGAUCAGAAACAGUCGCAACAGCGGAUAA